AUGAUACCAUCUAAACUGCAAGAUCAUCUGAGAAGAUGCCACCCUGAUAAAACAGAGAAAGAUUUGAAAUACUUUCAAACACUCAAAGAUAAAUUUCAGAAGAGACCUACACAGGACAGAAUGUUCGCUUCGACGUCACAAAGAAAUGAUGAUGGUUUGCGGGCGUCUUACAAUAUCUCAUUGCUUAUAGCAAAAUCCGGAAAACCGCAUACUAUCGGAGAGAAGUUAAUUUUGCCAGCCGUUGAAGAGGUUUUAAAAACUGUUUUACACAAACCUGUAGCUGAUAUCAUUAAAAGAAUUCUCUUAAGCAACAAUACUGUUGAAAGACGUAUUGAUGAAAUGAGUUCUGAUAUUGAAAGCUCCUUAUGUAAUUAUUUGCAAACGACCCAUUUCUCUAUACAACUGGACGAGUCAACUUUACCUGAUAAUGCAGCAUUAUUAUUUGCAUAUGUUCGUUUUAUUAUGAAUCAAGAAAUCUACGAAGAACUGCUCUUCGCAAGAACUUUGAUAACCGACAGUAAAGAAUUUCUGGAUACUAAAGAUAAAAUUUUAAAAGAAAAUUUAAUGAAGAGGAAAACAGACAUCGCCUAUUUAACAGAUUUGUUUACAAAAUUUAAUAUGGUUAAUUUGCAAUUACAAGGCGACAGUUUAAAUUUGAUUAAAACAAAGUCCAUCUUAUCAGCGUUUCUUGCCAGAGUUAAACUAAUGAAGCAAAAUAUUGGACGGGGCGAUUUUUCUCAGUUCCCCAAUUUGUCACAGACAAGCUGCCAGGAAGACGACGUUUCAACUUACGUUCAACAUUUAAAUGCCCUCUAUUCAGAUUUUGAAUCUAGGUUUGAGGAUAUUUUGACUAUGGUAAUACCAGCGUGGAUAAUUAAUCCAUAUGGUGAUAUAGAAGAAACGAAUGUCAUAAUACAAGAGGAACUGACUGAACUAAGUACAAACAAAGAACUUAAGGUUCAGUUUAAAAACGGAUAUCAGCAAUUCUGGCUGCAAAACAACAUACCCGUUACUUAUCCCGUAGUUUUCCAGGAUUUGCUUGGUGAUCUGAUUUUGUCUUUGGAUUUCAUGCAGAUCCACAGGCAAACCUGGAACAGGAAAAAAUGCUGUUCUCAGAAAGUAUUCAGUUACAAUAAGAAGAAGCUGGCCAUCGAAGGGAUUCGACUGCACGAUCUCUCGUAUUCUAGCCCAAGAACUUCGAAACGACGGAAAAAGAAACCCCACAAUCUGCGUCAACAGUACGGGAGCUUUUGUAGCUAG